GAGAGACUUCCUUGUCAUGGACCAAGUGUUGAGCAAGUGAUCCCUGACAGUCUUAUUUGCCGUCUUUCAGCUGUGGGUGUGGUGUCCUUCCAUCUGUUCGUUUCUGAGUGGCGUCCUUUGUGGCACAGCUCACGGGUCUGUCAGGGUGUUGCAGUCACUGAGGAAAAGCCUCAAGUCGCACCGUGAUGAUCUGUGGGAUGAUAUGAGAUGCACAUUGAACAUCAGCUUCAGAAGAACCAGAGGGAGUAUAAAGCAAAUCUGGAUGCCUAAAACCUGGAUUCAGCUAUGACUGUAACUGUGGUUGAGCUCUGCUGAGUCACUCCAGCCAACAGGGCAUGGAGCCCGGCUUGGAAACCUCCACUUUUCCAUUACUCUUUGGAUUUCUCCUCUGUCAUUGGGUGUUCUGAGUGACUAACGACUGCUUCUACUUAUAGGUUUUUAGCCUGGUAAGACAUGAAGAAACUGCUGCACAGAGAAAGGAUAAAUCUGUUUCUUUGCAACAAACUGGAGCGCAAACAGGUUGUAUUUUCAUAAGUGAUGUUAUGACUUAAUGGAUGGAACUUGUUACUGACUCAUAAGUUGCAUGAAACUGAAGAAAUGCAUGACAUACAAAUACUUAAAUGCAGUUUCUUGGAUUUUUUUUCUAGAAGAUAUGAGAAUUAUCAACUAUAAACCUUGUUUCAAAAGCUUGACCUUUGCGUUACCGUCUAUUUCUUCUGACAUUUAAGAAAUGGAGCAGCAAGAAGCCAUUCUUACGUUUUUCCGAGUCUUUUCUGAGGAACUUGAUGGGGACUUCAUGGAGGAAAACUCUGACCUGGGUGACCUGAAGAAAAAUAUGGACACUCUGGAGUUUUGUAGAGACUCCUCAUCACUUGUUAUAUUACCUGUUGAAGAAGAGAACUCAGUGGUGAACGGAAUUAUGAUGGAAACAGGAAAAAACUCACAAAUAGCAAAUGAAGAGAUGAAUUGUUUUAACCAGUCAGAGCUGGAAGUUGGUGAAAUAUGUUUUGAGCAAAGUAUGGCUGUAAACAUUGAGGAAGAUGAUGAUGAAGAACAGGAUUUUGGAGUAAAUGAGCAAGUUCACUGUUGUAUUGAAGAGGAUUGUCACAUAGACUCAUUACAGCGGACAUGUCAGCACAUUUCAGUAGAUACAGAUUGGGAUUGUGUUGCACCAAUUAAUUUCAAGCAGGUUGAGGAAGCAAUUGACUUGUAUGAAAAUGUCCAAGUUGCAGAUUCCCAGGAGGAUUUUGUCCCCUGCAUUUUAAAUAAUGUUGAAUUUUCCGGUAUUUCUACUGAAGAUGCGUAUUUUGACCCUGAGGAAUCUGCAGAAAGUGGGUUUUCAGAUGUAGUAACAACAGAGGAGGAGUUAGAAUCAAUGCUGGAGCAUGCAAAAGAGCAAGCAGAUUUGAAAAAGGAGGCUGAGGAGGAGAGGAAAGAUGUGGAGGAAGUAGACGUUCACCCAGUUCACUCAUUCCAGCCCCAUGAUUAUCCAUCUCCAAAUGUUUCCAUAUCAACUGCAGCUCUAACCAGUUGUCCUCCACCUGGAUCCACCUUAACAAGAGCCACCUUCUCCCCAGGUUCCCCCUCAGAAAAGCAGAUCCAGCUUCCCGCCCUCUUCAGCGGCCUCAGGGUCCUGAGAAAAGGGGUGACGGGGCCCGAGCAUGACACCGUAGCCCAGAUUAGACCACUGUCUCUGGGAACAAACAGGAACAUUUUCCCUGAAAAGCACGAAGAGGGUAAGACUCAGGGGAACUUCCUGAAUCAAAUCUCCCAGUUUCUAAACCGGGAAAAGAGAGAAGAUGAGAAAGAGGAGAAGACGGAGAGUAGUGGUGUGUCAGAGGAAGAUGAGGAGACCAGAGAGAAGCAUGAAAUUGAAGAUAGUCAAGAUACUCAGAGCGGAUCUGAAGAGGAUAUAGGUGCUGUGGAGUCAACCAAACCUCCUGUUUCAAGUGCAGAGGCAGCUUUUGAUGCUUUUAAGGCUUUUUUCACCCCAAAGCCUUUAAAGAAAGACCCAGCAGAGAAGAUAGACCUGGAGGCAAUAAGGAAAAAGAUUAGAAAUGACAAGGAUGUGCUUAGGGCGAUUUUUGAGAGAACCUCCAAUAAGACGCCAGAGAAGAAAGACCCACCUGAUGGCAAAUCAGAAACGUCUACUCCAGGUGAGGGAGAGGAGCGAACUCCUGGUCGUCUACAAGCUGUGUGGCCGCCGCUCAAAGAGGAAAAAGUUGGGCUUAAGUACACAGAAGCAGAACACCAGGCAGCACUUCUGCAACUCAAGAGAGAAUGCAAAGAGGAGCUGGAGAAGUUACAGGAGGACUACGGUCACGAACUGUCCAGACUAAAGGAGGAGAACGAGGAGAACAUUGCCCAUCUGGAGUCCACCAUCGCCGAGCUGCAGGUCCAGCUCUCCCAGGCUGGGACGCGAUCUCGUGGAGAGGUCCGUGACAUCGCCGUAUCUACAGGAGAUGACUUCGUACACAAAUCCUUUCGUACUGUCUGCAUCCAGACAGACCGGGAGACGUUUGUUAAGACCCCUGAGGACGAAAAGGGAAGAGUCGGCACAAUCCCUCAGCAGCAGAGAGAGACUCCAAAAAAGUUGGACCUGACCUCCAUCAGCCUCAGCCUGGCCGGUCAGAGAGAUGACUCAUCACAGCCCGAACCUCCCUCUUAUUCUCCUCCUGGUCCUCCAUCAGAUCCACUUGCUCCUUCUCAGUCCUCAACCAAAACAGACCCUCUGCCCCCUCCUCCACCGCCAAACAACAUCUCUCUCCCCCCUCCACCUCCACCUCCACCUCCACCACUACCAGCACCACCUCCUCCUCCAUUCAUGCCAGGCUUAGCUCCUCCACCACCUCCCCCUCCUCCAGGUGGAGCUCUCAUAAUGGACAAACCUCCCAGGAAACCAGCUGUGGAGCCUUCCCGACCCAUGAAGCCUCUUUACUGGAGCAGAAUCCAGGUCCAGGAAAACAAUAAAGACACUCUGUGGAACAUUUUAGAGGAACUGAACAUAAUUAAUACCAGUGAAUUCGAGGAUCUCUUUGCCAAAACCACCACCCAGACGAAGAGGAAGCCGCUGUCAGACGCUUACGAGAAGAAAGCCAAAGCCAGAAAGAUCAUUAAGCUGCUGGACGGUAAACGCUCCCAGGCUGUGGGCAUCCUCAUAUCAAGCCUCCACCUGGAGAUGAAAGACAUACAGCAAGCUGUGCUGACUGUGGAUCACUCUGUGGUGGACCUGGAGACCAUCGAAGCCCUGUAUGAAAAUAGGGCACAGCCAGAGGAGCUGGAGAGAAUCAAGAAACACUACGAGACAUCAAAUGAAGAGGAAGUUAAACUGCUGGACAAACCUGAACAGUUUCUGUAUGAGCUGUCCCAGAUCCCGGACUUUGCAGGCAGAGCUCACUGCAUCAUCUUCCAGUCUGCCUUCAUCGACGGGGUCACCUCCAUCCAACAAAAACUCAACACGGUCUUCUCUGUCUGUAAGGUGUUGCUGGACAGCGUCAGUGUGAGGGAGGUGAUGGGGCUGGUGCUGGCGCUGGGGAACCACAUGAACGGAGGCAGCAGGACCAGAGGCCAGGCUGACGGAUUCGGCCUGGAGAUCCUCCCCAAACUCAAAGAUGUCAAAAGCAGGGACAAUCGCAUCAGCCUGGGAGACUAUGUUGUGUCAUACUACCUGCGGAAUGUGGACAAGAACGCUGGCACGGACAAAAGCGCAUUCCCUCUUCCUGAACCCCAGGACGUGUUCCUGGCAGCUCAGGUUAAAUUCGAUGACCUCAACAGAGAUCUGCGACAGCUCGGACGAGAUCUGACACGAUGCGAGAAAGGUGUACAGGAGGUUUGCUCUUACUCUCCAGAGGAACACCUGCAGCCAUUUAAGGAUAAGAUGGAGGCGUUUGUUCUCAGUGCAAGGAAAGAACAUGCUGAGGUUUCCUAUCAGCUGAUGACGGUACAAAAAAGUUUUCAGGAUUUGGUUCUGUACUUUGGUGUGAAACCCAAAACAGGAGAGAAGGAAGUGACCACUAGCCACUUCUUCAUGCUCUGGUUUGAGUUUUGCGCCGACUUCAAGGCAAGGUGGAAGAGGGAGAACAAAAACAUCUCCAAAGAGAGGCUGAAAGAGGCUCAGCUAUCAGUGAAGAGGAUCACAUCAGAAAAGAAGGUGGAAACCAGAAAGAUCAACCCAAACAGCCUGAAAGAGCGGCUGCGUCAAAAGGAGGCCAACAUGGCUUCAAUUUAAACCCUCUGGAGCUAUCGAACCCUGGAACAUCAGGAUCAAGUCACAGCUGUCCGUCUCCAACAGGCUGGAUCCAAACAAUGACCAGAGUCAGAAUUUAAGAUCAAAUGUUCGGAGUCAGUGAUGCUUUGUAUUUCACCCCUGAUAUCAGAUCAUUUGCAACUUACUAUGAAUACAGAACAUAUUACGUGCAAUAUUUUGAUAUCUGCUUCAGCUGUGUACAAAUUCUUAAACUUGGUAUAAUUCUGUACUGAUUGUGACAUGUAUAAACCAAUCUUUUAUAAUAUUUAUGCACAAAUAAAAUCCGUGAUCAGAA